UUUACGUAGAAUCAUGGCAAAUCAAAUUUCCAAACAAAUUUUCAAAACCCUAUUGUCUUUCUUCUUGUUCGUUUUACUCCUUUCUGAUACUGUCUCAUCAGUCCGAAAAUCAAUCAACUUGAAAACACCAUGCAAGCAAUUUCUCCUCCAUCUCCAUAACGUUGCCUACGAUAGUGAUAACACGGCUAAUGCCACAUCAGCAACAGUAAUAAACCCUUUAGGACUAGGGAGCUUCGACUUCGGGAAGUUUGUAAUCUUUGACAAUCCUGUGACAAUGGACGAGAACUGCCUCUCCAAACCGGUGGCUCGUGCACAAGGCUUCUUCUUCUACAACAAGAAGACGACCUAUAACACGUGGAUGGCUUUCUCAUUGGUGUUCAACUCGACACAACACAAAGGAACAAUGGCCAUAAUGGAUGCGAAUCCGAUGGUGGAGCCGACCAGAGACCUAUCGAUCGUUGGUGGGACUGGUGAUUUCAUCAUGACUCGUGGGAUUGUUACGUUAACAACUGACCUCAUUCAAGGCAAUAAGUAUUUCCGUCUCAAAUUGGAUAUUAAACUCUACGAGUGUUACUAAUAUAUGUGUGUUCUUUUUCUUCAUUUUGGUUUGACGUGUGUGUGUGUGGA